ACAGUUUGGCAGGAGUUUCGCAGGAGUUUCGCAGAGUCUCAAGCGCACAGCAUGAAGCUGGAAGGCGAGAAGCGCACCAGCGAACCGCCCAAAUAUCUCAACGAGGACUUCUUCAAGGCCGCCCUCGAGGAUGGGCUGCGCGAUAUGCGCGUCGACAUCAAGAAGAUCAUAUUCGCCGAGUCGAACAGCGGCGGUGGCGAGAACUACUGCAGUAAGAUCUAUCGGGCCCGGGCUCUGUAUCGGAGCAGCAAACGGCAGCUGGACGAGGAGCUGGCCCUGAUUGUGAAAAGCAUUGCCAUAACGCCGGCCACACAAUUCCUCGAGGAGCUGGCCGUCUAUCUGCGCGAGAAGAUCUUCUACUUCGAUGUGCUCGGCAAGCUGGAGGUGCUGAUCGGGGACGGCUCAAAGUUUGGGGCCAAGUGCUUCUAUACGACGCGCGAGCCCAUCCAGACGAUCGUCUUCGAUGAUCUCACACAGUACGGCUACAAGCUGGCCAAUCGCCAGAGCGGCCUCAACGAGGAGCACUGUGUGGUCAUACUGAAGAAGCUGGGCAAAUUCCAUGCCAGCUCCAUGGUGCUGGUCGAGAAGGAGCCCAGCGUGCGGGAGCAUUUCAGCAGCGGCAUGCUGGACGAGAACUACAUACGCACCAAUGAGCGCUUCAUCAACUUUAUGACCCUCCAGCUGCGCACGCUGGCCAAUCUGGUGGCCAAGUGGGCUGGCUACGAGAAGCUGGCCGAGAAGCUGCAUCGCCACUGCGACAAUAUCAAGGAGAAUCUGGUGGUGACCGGCCGGGCGGUACCGGGCGAGAUCACAGUGCUGAACCAUGGCGAUCUGUGGGUCAACAACUUCAUGUACAAAUACCACGAUGAGCUGCCCACAAAGCCCAUCGAUGCCAUCUUUGUGGACUUUCAGAACAGUUUCUUUGGCAGUCCCGGCUGCGACAUCAACUUCUUUCUCAACAGCAGCGUCCAGCUGGACGUGCUCAUGCACAGGCGCGAGUUCCUCAUCCAGACGUACUAUGCCUCGCUGCGCGAGAGCCUGGAGCGCAUGCAUUCCGAGUUUGUGCCCAGCUAUGCGGACAUCCAGCAUGAGAUCAAUGCCAGGGAGCUGUACGGCUUCUUCUCGUCCUACGCCUUCCUGCCGAUGGUCACCAUGCGGAAGGAGGACUCCUAUGACAUCAGCAUCGAGGCCCUCACCGACCAGGACUUUGCCAAGAAGAAGGUCCAGCUGAUGUUCUCCUCAAAUCCACGCACUACCGACACCCUGCGCUAUGCACUGCGGCGCUUCGACGAGCUGGGCAUCUUUGACUGAUGCGACUCCUAAUGCGAAUGCUUUAUUUAUAUUUAUAACUUGCAUCUG